AUGACCCAACAAGACUUGAAACAUGUUCCUGAAUCGAUCAGAAUGGUUCUGAUUGGACCUCCAGGUGCCGGUAAAGGUACUCAAGCCCCCAACUUGAAAGAGCGCUUCUGCGCUUGCCAUUUGGCCACUGGAGAUAUGUUGAGAUCGCAGGUCUCCAAGAAGACCGACCUGGGUUUGGAAGCAAAGAAAAUCAUGGACCAAGGUGGUUUGGUUUCGGACGAAAUCAUGGUUAGCAUGAUCAAGCACGAAUUGUUAACUAACCCAGAAUGUAAGGACGGAUUCAUUUUGGACGGGUUCCCUAGAACCAUUCCACAAGCUGAGAAAUUGGACCAGAUGUUGGUCGAGCAAGGCAGACCUUUGCAAAAGGCCGUCGAGUUGAAAAUUGACGACGAAUUGUUGGUCUCUAGAAUUACUGGUAGACUUGUUCACCAGGCUUCUGGAAGAUCUUACCACAAGAUUUUCAACCCUCCUAAGGUGGACAUGAAAGAUGAUGUCACCGGUGAUGACUUAGUUCAGAGAUCUGACGACAACGCCGAAGCUUUGAAAAAAAGACUUGGUGCCUAUCACCAGCAGACCGAACCUAUCGUCGACUUUUACAAGAAGACUGGUAUUUGGUCCGGUGUUGACGCUUCUCAGCCUCCCAAGACCGUGUGGUCUGACAUCUUGAAGUGUUUAGGUAAAUAG